CUGCGGCAAUGUUCAUGUCAGCUUUGGGAGGUCUGGCAAAAAGUCCUUUUUGUGUUGUUGUUGUUGUUGUUGAAUGGAGGUCAGCCUGAUGAGGAUCUGAGCUUUUAACCGUGCGGAAAACUCUGUGAUUUCAGAUGGUGUCCCUGGUUGACAAGAGCUGUCUCCUCAGCCAUUCCUCUGUACAAUGGGCUUGUGUUCCUGUUUGUACUUGCAAAUUUCAGCAUGGCAACAUUCAUGGAUCCUGGAGUUUUUCCACGAGCAGAUGAAGACGAGGAUAAAGAUGAUGAUUUCCGAGCUCCACUCUAUAAGAAUGUGGAGAUUAAAGGGAUCCAAGUACGGAUGAAAUGGUGUGCCACCUGCCAUUUCUAUCGGCCUCCACGUUGCUCCCACUGCAGUGUCUGCGACAACUGUGUUGAGGAUUUUGACCAUCACUGUCCUUGGGUUAAUAACUGCAUAGGACGGAGGAACUACCGGUAUUUUUUCCUUUUCUUGCUGUCCUUAAGUGCCCACAUGGUUGGUGUGUUUACCUUUGGGCUCAUCUUUGUUUUACACCAUGCAGAAAAUCUGGGAGCCGUGCAUACUGCCAUCACCAUGGCAGUCAUGUGUGUAGCUGGGUUGUUCUUCAUCCCAGUUAUUGGUCUCACGGGCUUCCAUAUUGUUUUAGUAGCCAGAGGACGCACAACCAAUGAACAGGUGACAGGGAAGUUCCGUGGGGGAGUAAAUCCUUUCACUCGAGGAUGCUGCGGCAAUGUGGAACAUGUUCUCUGCAGCCCUCUGGCACCCAGGUACAUUGUUGAGCCAAAGAAGAAGCAACCUGUAACUGUUAAACCACCUUUCCUGAGACCCGAUUUAACAGAACGACAGAUAACCGUGAAGAUAAGUGACAAUGGCAUCCAAGCUAAUCUCAACCGAAGUAAGUCUAAAGUUAGUCUGGAAGGUCUGGAAGAUAAAGCUAUGGAGGUCCAACCUCCUCUACCACCCAAAGGAGAUUCUAGCAAAUACAGUGAGCUGGGCAGCAGUGAAGAGAGUAGCCUUUCACCCAAACUGAUCAGCCCUCCCACACCUGCGAUGUACAAGUAUCGCCCAGGUUUCAGCAACAAUCCAAAAGUACACUACCAUGGAGCAUCUGAGCAGAUUUCCAUCCAGGAAGGACACAAGCAAGGAUCUGUGAUGGAAGAGAAUGACAGUAGCCUGGAUUACCAGUCAGAACCAAGCCUUGAUAUUCCUACCUAUCGGAAGAGUUCCCUUCACAAGACUUACCAAUCUUCUCCGCUGCAAAUAGACUCCUUCGCUGUCAAUUCACGGUCUCUUAGCCUGAAAUCUGCCAGCAGGAGAGGAACAGACAAAAUGCCCCUCCACUCCAUGAAGUCAGAAGGGACAGCUUCAACCCCUUACAAAAGCAUCUUUUCCCCCAACUCUCUCUCAAACAGGAAUGGGAGCUUGUCCUAUGACAGUUUGCUCAACCCCAUGUCCCCCUCAGGGAGGAGGUGUAUCGCUCAUUCUGCCAUGGGCUCGGUUGGGUACCACUCACCAUAUUUGUCUGCCAAAAUGUGCCAUCUGCGGGGCAGAGAGCUUCAGCGUCCUCCUCCACAGAGCUUCAGUCCUGUGAUGGGCAGCCCAGCCCCACAUCCGCGGGACCCUUCACCGGUCCGCUAUGACAACCUGUCGAAAACAAUUAUGGCGUCUAUCCAAGAGAGGAAAGAAAUUGAGGAGCGGGAGAAGCUCCUUCACUCUCACCCAGACUCCAUGUUUGCAGACUCGGGUGUCUACGACACUCCUAGUUCUUACAGCCUUCAGCAAGUGAGCAUGCUGUCGGAAGACCCCCGCAGCAUAGCCAUGCGAUAUGGCUCAAGGGACAAUCUAAUGACUACCGCCAGCUUUAGUGUGAGGAACCCUGUCCUGCAGGCCUCUGUUUCUUCUCUCUCGAGUGCAAUGACCAGGGCAUCAAGGACUUCCACGCCGUCUAUCCAAGCGGAUCUAGCCAAUAACAAUGUCCAGGCCCAUCAGGCACUGCAGGGCAGGAUGAGCAAUGGCUCCUACAAAUCUCCCAGUCACCAAGUCCCAUCAUCCCCAGGUGGGAUGACUAGGUCCCCCUCAUACGGAGGUCCCAAAACUGUCUCAUUCGUUAAUACCAUGGAGAUAACAGAGGCACAGCCUAUGGGGACUCCAAGGGAGGACAUCCAGCUGAAGACAUCUCACAGUAAAAUUAAUGGACAGCCAAAAGGAAUUUCCAGAGUGGAGUGCCGACUAGGUUCAACAUCCAGCUCCCAGGGUGCCCCGGUCAGUCCUGCAAGACACUCAAAUGUUAAGAAAGUGUCUGGAGUGGGUGGAACAACAUAUGAAAUUUCAGUAUAAGAAAGAAAGUUCCUCAAAUUCAGAGCCAUCCGCAAACCCAGCCAUGCUAGGUGCACUGUGAAGAUUCAGACAAUAAGGCCAGUGAGAAGAACUGGAGGAGCAGCAGCUGAUGGUGUCUUUUCUGUAUUUUUUCAUGGUGGUUGGGUCCCCCCCCCCCUUUCAUAUUUUAAAGACAAACACUCUUCAAGUUUCUUUCUUUCUUCGUUUCUUUGGCCAAAACCAGCUGCAGCCUUAUUCUUCAAGGAAUAAACUUUUUACAGCUCUUUAGAGACUCUCUAGAACAGACAGAUGGGAACUGACUUGAACUGUCUACUGCCCCAUGGCACCACAAGCUUGACGUUAUUUUCGUUUUUGCAAAAGAGAACGGAAAAGCCAUUGUGGGUUUGUCUCUGUCCACCAAAUCCUGUCAUGUAGAUGUUGAUGUGCUGUGGUCUAAUGUCUCCCCUUAAACCCUCGAGGUUUGGUGGCAAAAUAACAACGAAGAGCGACAGGGCCCAGUUGUUUUUUCAGCCCAUCAUGACAAAAUACCAGAUCACUUGGAAAAGUUGGGUGUGUUAAAGUCCAUUACCCCAGCCAGCAGUCUUUUGCAGGUGCUGGUUUACCUUCUCCACAGUGGCCUCUGAUCCAUUUCAAAUGGGGAAGCGGAUUCACACUCACUUGAAUUUGCGCAUAUAGAUCUGUUUCUUCUGUUGGAAUGAAUGGGGAAGUCCACAUGCAUACAGAGGUCAUGCACAGAUGUGCACAUACAUGGGUCUCUGCAUUGGUGUGUAUAUGUGUGAAAGAGAAUGCCAAGUAAUGCCAAUCCUCCUUCGACUAAAACAAGUGGACACAUGUAGGCCUUGGAAAUAUUGCUCAUCCUUUUAGAGAUGGUUCCAUGGGCAAAGGAAGGAAAGGAGCGUGCUGCUGCUGCUGUUGUUGUUCAUUGCCAUUUGUAUAAAAUUACGUGCACAACAUGAGUCAUGUCAUUAGAACUGUCAUGCCGUUUAGGAACCUCUGUUCCUUCUUGGACUAGUUGAGAUGGUUUUUAAAAUCCUUUCGUGCUCGAAACGACAAAAAAAAAAAUGGGGGAAAGUGAAUAUUCAGAUGGUAUUAUUAUUAUUAUUAAGAAUUACCCUCCUUCCUCCUCUUUUGUGCUGUUGGAGAUGGGCUGAAAUACAGUGUAUUGUCUUGCACUGGUGCGACAUGUAUAAUCUCAACAUAAAGUAUUAUGAUCUAUUGAAACUUGCAGUGUGCGUGCGCAAGUGUGUGUGCAUGUCCGAUUGAUUGUGUGUGAUUGUCUGCCAAGCACAGGCCUGUAGGAGAUCAGUUUUGCUGCCUGACUGACAUUCAGUGAGUUUUCUGUGACCCUAGAUGUUCUGAGACAACUGUGUUCCAGUGCUUGUGUUCACUCUAUCUAGUUUGCUCAUUGAGGAUUUGGAGGCAUAUAUCCUCAAGCAAAUUGUUUACAAAAAUUCGAAAUGUUGAUUCUGCAAGAUGUAGGGGGGGGGUUUCUUUCCCCCUCGACGGAAGCAAUCACAGAUCCUUUGACAGAGCGGGUAGAGAAGAAAAAAAUAAGAUAUAGAAGUAUUGCAUUUAGGCAAGUGAUACUUAACGUUGUUGCCUUAAAGAUUCAUUUUAUUCUAUUUCUUUUUUUAACUAGCCCUCAGCGUGGCGUUUGAAAAGUGACAUUUUAAAAAGAAUCAAGAUUCCUGAAGUUGACUUUCUUAACAAUUUGGUUUUAGCCCUAAUUCACCACUGUAAGAUGUGACUGGUUGUGUGCAUGCGGGUUUUUAAAUGUUGUCAACUGCUGGAGGCUGAAUCGGAUCAGGACUGCAGUGUUAGGGGACACAGACCCUGGACUGUCAUUCCAGUUUAAAGUAUCCAUUCCUCAGGGGGUUCCUAUUUAGUCGUUGGGAGAAACAAAAAUUCAACUGUUGGGUAUAUGUCAGCUGGAGAAGUCAGAUGAUCAGAUGACUAAAGGGCGGACGUUAAACCCCUUCCCCUAGGAAAUCUGAGGUUCUGAUGCUGAAUCGGACCCUUCUGAGGUCCCUAUCCAGCCCUGUGGGGUUCCCUAGAUACCCAUGCCUGCUUCCCCAUAUUUUGCACUCAGAAAGUUUUAAUGGUGGGGAGGACACCUUAAGGCCCAAUGGCAUAUGAUAUUCAAGCCGGAGUUAUUGGCUGUCAAAAUCUUAAAGCUAACAUAUGCUGGUACUUUGGCUGCCCACCACUGGAACGUGGCCCUUGAGAAUUUCUCUGCCAGUUGAAUGUGGCCCUUGGAUUGAAAGAGGUUUUCCACCCUUGAUUUUGACUAGUAUUGUCUGGCAGUAGCCACGGAUGGCCUCCUGCAUUCAGCACAGGGUUAUCUUGGUAGAAGAGAGGUUGGUGCUUCCCCCAGAUACUUGUUGUUUGGCUAACUGACCACAGUAGCGCCUAGAAAGUUUUAAUGAUGGGGAGGACACCUUAAGGCCAAAUGGCAUAUAAUACUCAAUGCACCUUUGCACAUAUGGCACAGAGUUGUGAGGGCUGGAGUUUUAAAAUGCAAAUUGCAACAGCUUGGAGAAUUUGUCAGUGUAAUGGGAUCAGAGCAAAUGUGGAGCAGGAAACCCGCUUCUGCCUUCUUGCCGUCCUAUAGAAAAUUAUUCCUCUGACGUUAUUGCAUUGGGAGGAAGUGUUUGCCUUUGAGGGAUUUCUUCCUGACACAAACAAUAGCUCUCAAAGAGGGGUUUUCCUCCAGAACACAGAAGGGGAAGAAAGGGUCAGAUUCCCUUACUAUGACUGUUUCUCUGUCUCAUUAAUUCUCAGCUGAUCUAAUUUGCACUUAAAAAAAAAACAACCACAACCAGCAAAGAGGCAUUUAAGAUUAGCUUCAUUUGGUCCCUGGAUCCCUUUAAGUUUGCUUCACCUCAUUGCUCCCAAAUGUUUUGGUUUCCGGUUGAUUUGCAUGUAUAGAAAGAACAGAUUAAGAUUCUACAGAAAAAUUUAAAAGUGAUGGGAAUCGUAAGGCUCAGUGUAGGUAAUCCUUUAAACUGUUUCAUGGGAAUGUAUAAGACUUCCAGUGUGGAUGAUGAGCAUGCUAUUCAGAAAAGUGUUUUGUGCAGUAAUUCUUUGAGGCACCUAUCAUCUUAUUUAUCUGGUUCAUCAACUAUCGUUGAUAGACUUGUUCAUACCAUUUCUAAUAGAAAAUAGACUGUAUCUCAAGUGUGUAUUCCACUAUCUGGUACCCUCCAGAUGUAUGAGGCUGCUGCCGCCAUCAUCUCCCACCAGCAUACUGGCUUUGGAAUAAUGGGAGGUGUAGCACAACACAUCUGGAGGGUGCUACAUAGUGGAAAACUGGUAUAUAACAUAAUAGGUGAAGUCCAGUUCUCCCUAUCCUGUCACCUGGGGGGGAGGGUUAAGCCAAAAAAAAAAAAAAGACAUCUCAGGCACUGCAGAUGCUCCACCAUAUUUGUGAGUUAGGAAGAUGCAUGCUCAGAUCUGCUGCUUAGAUCUUUGCACUUUCUUCCAAGUCUAUCCAGGCCCAGAUCAUUGCUGUUGCUGACCUUCGUCUAGAUCAGUGGUUCCCAAACGUUGGUCCUCUGGGUGUUUGGGGUUUCAACUCCAUAAAUCCCAGCCAUCUUCACCAGCAGUCAGGAAUUCUGGGAGCUGAAGUCCAAAAUGUCUGGAGGACCCAAGUUUGUGGACCACCGGUCUAGAUGCUUCUGUUAAACUGGGCUGUGGAUCACUUGAAGAAAGCAGAGGAUGUUGGGCAUCUCGGCGCAUUGUGAUGGGAGAGAUGACUUAUUAGGACUGGCUUCAACUUAAAAUAUGGGGAUGUGCAUCAGCCGCUCUAUUCAAAGAGCUGUCUUAAUGGGAUGUAGAAGCCAUGCUGAUAGUGGUCACUGGCCCGAAACUGGAGAGGUGAGACUAGAGUGCUUUGUCAAAGCUAUGUGUGUUCUCUUGCAUUGGAACUGGAGGGCUAGCACCUGAUCCUGGACUUGGUGUGCAUACAUGUUGCUUCCUGCAAAUAUCCUAAUCUUAGGGGAAAGCCUGAGGGUUAUUAUGUGGAAAUAAUAAUAUUCUGGAAGUACAGUAUGCUCACAGCAAUUAGCCCAAAACCAAAAGGCUGAAAGUUUGCAGCUGCAAGGUUCUUACUGGCCACACCUCACUAGUUUUGCACUUUGAAAAACGAAACAGUGAAUGCCACAGGCAGGUUCUGUCUGCUUUUGUUAUCAGUUUGUUUCCAAACUCAGUGUAACAUGAGUUUAAAAACUCCUAAAUGGCUUCACUGGGUUCAUUCCAAAGCCUCCUGCUCCCAUAUGAAACUGCCAGGCCUUUGAAAUUGCUCCCAGAGGCUGCCUCUGUAUUGCAGAAAUAAUCAGGUUUGACGGCACUUUUAACUGCCAUGGCUCAAUGUUAUGGAAUUCUGGGAAGUGUGGUUUGUUGCAGCACCAGUUAAACCAGAUUAUUUCUGCAGUGUGGAGGCAGCCAAAGUCUCUGUUGUCUGUCGCAUGCACAUAUGAGAUCAGGCAAAUGGGCACGAAAGAACCUCUUGGGAGGCGUCACCAUGAUGGCAGAGAUUCUCCAGGCUCCCUUUUGUUUUGUGGUUUGAUGAAUAGUAAAUUAAUACCAUUUUAUUCAUGCCAGGUUUUAAUUAGCAACCUGCUGUUUUAAUGAUGUUUUCUCCUGGGGUUUGAGUACUAUUGCCUCUCGAUAUUUUAUCUGUUGUGGGUUGUUGCUUUGAUGGAGGUGUUCAGGUUUGUUUUGCUUACUGUGAUGUAUUUUCCCAUUUCUGACAAGCUGCUGUAGUUGUUCUGUCAACAGAAACUUGGGGUGCAAGUAAUAAAAGCAUAGCAUGGCUAUGCUGGCUGCUGCAAUCUAGGAGCUAGAGUCCAAAAAAGUAACUCUUCCAGAUUGUCCAAGAAACUAGUACAUUUAGAAUUUAGAAGUGAGCCCCAUGAAUUCAGAGGUCAAGACUCCCCAGUACAACAGGUGUGUAUUACAAGGAUGGGGUACCUGUGCUUCUCCAGGUUUUGGACAUCACCUCACAGAAGUCUCACCCAGCAUGGCCAAUGAAAAGGGAUUGUGGGAUCUUUUAUUCUAAAAUACUAGAGGGCCAAUGAUACCUCUCCUCAAUGUGUGUAAAGGAUUUCAGUCCAGCUGUUUCCAAUGCACUGUGCAUGGGGAUCAUGGAGGCUUAGAACACAAUAUCAUUAGUCUUUAACAUUUCCCAAGACAUGCCAUGUAUCCUCUAACAAGACUUGGCAUGGCUAAAUCACUCUAUUUCUUUUCCGUGCCACUUUCACAUACUUUUGAACAGAUUUUCUCUCCAAAUAUGAAUUUCCGUUCAGAUACCUUUUUUAUUUUUAUUUUUAGCAGAUAUGUACCCCAUAACAGUGAGAGAGGUGCAAAGUCUGAUGGACAAUGUCAUUCCAGUCAUCACAUUAGUCAGGCAGGAAAAUGAAGGUCAGUUAUUUCAAAAUCUACUACAUUUGAAUUUACAAGGUAUCAUUACUAACACAGCUACGUUAUCACUACCCCAGUACUGAAUGUUAAAAAAUAUUUUUAAUUGAUAAGUCAACAAGCCAAUGUGGCAUGAGAACCAGUGUGUAUAGUGGUCUGAGUGCUGGACUAUGACUUUGGAGACCAAGGUUCAAAUCCCUGCUCAGCCAUGGAAGUCCGCUGGGUGACCUUGGGCAAGUCACACUCUCUCAACCUCAGAGGAAGUCAA